AGCUCGUAAAAAAGGUUUCACUUCCGGGUUCAUGGCUACACAUCUUCACGCGUGUCCAAACAGAAAACACGUUGGCGUUUUAAUAUAAACUGUUGGAAUUUAUGUCGCGUAUUGUUUACUCCCGGACUCUAAAAUCUGGAGAACGUUUUCAGGAAGACCAAUAACGUGACAGGUCGGUCUACAAGCGGCAGCGAGUACGUGUGUUUGUUGUUUAGUCAUUAGCCAGUUAGCAUUGCUAAGUAGCUCGUGACCAUGGCGCUGUACACCAAAGCAGCUGAGAUCCUAGGAAAAGUGGAGACGCAGCAGGGCGCUGUCAGAACUUUAGUAUACGACAGUAAAUUCCGCAACAUCAAGCAGCUCUACGCUCUGGUUUGCGAGACCCAGAAGUUCUCACCCAUCCUGCAGGAGAUCAUAGAGUCCACCAAGCUGUUGAAGCACACCAAGCUGAAGAUGGACCUAGCUAAGGUGCUUGUCUUCGAUCUGCUCAUGGGCCAGGGCCUUAAGUGUGGCGGCUCCUGGAAGACUCUUCUAAUGAAGCAUCGCUCCAGGCUUCAGGCGGAGCUGGCCCGCAUGAAAGUAAAGCAGAAGGUCAGCAGGAAUGAGGAUUUGCUCCCCAGCAGUGUCAAGGAGCCGGCUGGGGAUCUUCUGCCAAGAUAUGUGCGUGUCAACACCCUGAAGACCACAGUGGAGGAUACUGUGGACUACCUCAAGAGAGAUGGUUUCUCCUACUUGGGGGAGGCGUCUAAACUGGAUGAUCUCACCUUGAAAGCUAGAGAAUUUGUGAAGGACCUCCAUUUGUCUGAGCUGCUGGUCUUCCCGCCUAAGACGGACUUCCAUGAUCACUUCCUGUACAAGGCAGGACACAUUAUCCUCCAGGAUAAAGCAAGCUGCCUGCCCGCUUUUGUCCUCAACGUUCCGCCUGGGAGUCAUGUCAUUGAUGCCUGCGCCGCACCCGGGAACAAGACCAGCCACCUGGCCGCCAUCAUGAAAAACAGAGGCAAGCUGUUUGCCUUCGACUUGGACGCCAAGCGUCUGGCCACCAUGUCCACCUUACUUCUCCGAGCGGGGGUCACCUGUCAGCAUCUGGCCCACCAGGACUUCCUGAAGGUGGACCCUCAUGCUAAGAUGUAUGAGGACGUGGAGUACAUUUUGCUUGAUCCCUCCUGCAGUGGAUCAGGUAUGGUAUGCCUCCAAGAUGGUGGCUCCUCACCUUUGGCAGACGCGUCACGCCUGUCUUCGCUGGCAUCCUUCCAGUUGCGUUGUCUCAACCACGGCCUCAGCUUCCCUCGCCUGAAGCGCCUGGUCUACUCCACCUGCUCGGUCCACCGCGAGGAGAACGAGGAAGUCGUAGCGGCGUGUCUGCAGAAGAACCCCGCCUUCAGGCUGAUUCCUCUGCUAUCUCAAUGGCCUGAACGAGGCCUGCAGCCCCUCACUCAGUGUCUGCGUGCCAGCAUCACGAAGACGCGCACACACGGGUUCUUUGUUGCCAUGCUGGAGCGACGCCACACGGAAGACAUGACAACCACGCCACAACCACUGGUCCACAUAAGAGAUACGGCAAUGUCGGCGCCCAGUCCACCCGAAGCCGCUCUUCCCGAAGCUUCUUCAGACAGUGAAGCGGCGCCUGCACCAGCCAACAAGAAGACAAGGAAAAGGAAACGGAAUAAGAAGAAAAACGUCACAGUGACUGAAACAUCGGCACAAUAAGACUUCUUCGUAACUCCUCCUCACCUUCAUAGUAGUGGUCUUCCACUGUAAUGAUACGCCCCCUAGUGGCCCUGGCAUUGUCGAUGAUGGUCUUGGAGUCCAAGGGUUUAAUGGUGAACGGGUCGAUCACACGGAUGUUAAUUCUCUCUGUGGGAUGCAGACAAGAUGAUUCGGAGAGACUGUCGUCACAUUACACAUUUCAAAACAUUUAUUUUGCACCUUUCUUCAGCUGUUCGGCGGCUGCCAGUGCCUCAUGGAGGGUCACGCCGGCACCGAUCACGGUCACAUGGUCGUCAUUGGUUUUGUACACAACCUGUAAUGAACAUAAAAUAUCUUAAUUAUGGAGGACAAACACUUCCAAAACAUGGCGGUGAAGGACUAAACCGCUACCAACCUUAGCCUGUCCAACAUGGAAGUCCUCAUUGCAGUUGUAGAUGAUGUUGUUCUCUGGGCGGCUUGUUCGGAUGAAACACAAACCCUGGAACAACGGCACAGAUUGUAAGCUAGCUCUCGUAUUAUAAUGCACAGAAAAGGGAAAUAAGCUAGCUCUCGUAUUAUAAUGCACAGAAAAGGGAAAUAAGCUAGCUCUCGUAUUAUAAUGCACAGAAAAGGGAAAGAAAUAUGUUCAUGUUUCACAUCAGGAUUGUGAAUUCAUUCAUUUUUACUGCUUAUCCUUACGAGGGUUGCGGGCGUGCUGGAGCCUAUCACAGCUGUGAAUGAUGGAACCUAUCCCAGCUGUGAAUGAUCGGCAAAAUUCCCGAAAAGUAAACUCCCCCUUUAAGAUGCAGCUACUGCUAAUUUAAAAAAACUACAUUGCCUUCUGCCGCAGUUGUUUUUGAGUUAAUGCUAAUUAACUUGAUGAUUAAUUGUUAAUUGUUUUUGGCGCCACUCUUGCUGCUGUACUCUUGCUGCUGUGCAAUACAAAUUUCCCCACUGAGAGAUGAAUAAAGGCAUAUCUUAAUCUUAAUUAUGAGGGUUGCGGGCGUGCUGGAGCCUAUCACAGCUGUGAAUGAUGGAGCCUAUCCCAGCUGUGAAUGAUCGGCAAAAUUCCCGAAAAGUACACUCCCCCUUUAAGAUGCAGCUACUGCUAAUAAAAAAAAAACUACAUUUCCUUCUGCCACAGUUGUUUUUGAGUUAAUGCUAAUUAACUUGAUGAUUACGAGGGUUGCGGGUGUGCUCGAGCCUAUCCCAGCUGUGAAUGAUGGAGCCUAUCCUAGCUGUGAAUGAUGAGCAAAAUUCCCGAAAAGUACACUCCCCCUUUAAGAUGCAGCUACUGCUAAUUAAAAAAAAAAACUACAUUGCCUUCUGCCACUGUUGUUUUUGAGUUAAUGGUAAUUAACUUGACGAUUACGAGGGUUGCGGGUGUGCUGGAGCCUAUCCCACCUGUGAAUGAUGAGCAAAAUUCCCAAAAAGUACACUCCCCCUUUAAGAUGCAGCUACUGCUAAUUAAAAAAAAAAACUACAUUGCCUUCUGCCACAGUUGUUUUUGAGUUAAUGCUAAUUAACUUGACGAUUACGAGGGUUGCGGGUGUGCUGGAGCCUAUCCCAGCUGUGAAUGAUGGAGCCUAUCCCAGCUGUGAAUUAUGGGCAAAAUUCCUGAAAAGUACACCCCCCCCCUUUUAAGAUGCAGCUACUGCUAAUUAAAAAAAAAACUACAUUUCCUUCUGCCACAGUUGUUUUUGAGUUAAUGCUAAUUAACUUGAUGAUUACGAGGGUUGCGGGCGUGCUGGAGCCUAUCCCAGCUGUGAAUGAUGGAGCCUAUCCCAGCUGUGAAUGAUGAGCAAAAUUCCCGAAAAGUACACUCCCCCUUUAAGAUGCAGCUACUGCUAAUUUAAAAAAAAACUACAUUUCCUUCUGCCACAGUUGUUUUUGAGUUAAUGCUAAUUAACUUGAUGAUUAAUUGACUAAAGGCAUUAAUUCCAGUCUAUUAAAAUGGGUAGAAUACACAAACUGGACCCUCCCAUGCCAUUGUUCCCACCAAGCGAGUCCAGUUUGCGUUGGUGUUGUUACCUUGGUGUUAGCCGCUAGCUCCACAGCCUUCUCAGUAGACACGCCGUCGCUCGGGUAGAAAAUGGUGGCACCCGGGAUGGCUCUGAACAUAGCCAUGUCCUCCAGGCCCAUCUGAGAGGGGCCGUCCUCUCCUACGAAUACAUUCACACAUUUCUAUACAUGAUGUGUCAACAUGUUGGUAGACCAGCAUGCAUUCAGGCGUUGGCCAUGCAGUAUA